AUGGCUCGAUUUUUGGCAGGUUUAAAUUCUGAAAUAGCAAACAUUGUUGAAAUGCAACAUUAUGUUGAGUUGGAUGACAUGGCGCAUAUGGCGAUCAAAAUUGAGCGACAACAACGUAGAAAAGCUUCUACUCAAGCGAAUCCAAAGAAACCAAAGCCUCCCAUUGUCGAUAAUGGACGUGGCAAACAACCAAUGGUGGCACCGAAGCGAUCAAGAGAUAUUCGAUGCUUUAAGUGCCUUGGUAGAGGACAUGUUGCUAGCCGGUGUCCUAAUCGGAGGGUUAUGUUGAUGCGAGAAGAUGGAGAGAUCGAGUCAGAUUCUGAGGAAGAUGUACAUGAACUCCCGACUAAAGAAGAUGAAGAGAAUAACCUAGAAGUUGUUGAAUCUGGUCAAGUUAUGGAGAUCAUGGUUGUCAAACGUAGUUUGAAUGUGCAACAGGUGCAAGACGAGCAACAACGUGAGACUAUCUUUCACACACGAUGCAAGAUUCAAGAUAAGGUAUGUGUUGUGAUUAUUGAUAGCGGUAGUUGUACUAAUGUUGCUAGUUCAGUGAUGGUUGACAGAUUAGGUCUUAAGACGACAAAGCAUCCGAAUCCGUACAAGUUGCAAUGGUUGAAUGACGGUGGAGAACUUAAAGUGACGAAACAAGUGGUUGUACCAUUUUCAAUUGGAAACUACAAGGACGAGGUCCUUUGUGAUGUUGUGUCGAUGGAUGCUACUCACCUUCUUUUGGGGCGCCUUGGCGAGAUGACAAGAGGGCAAUGCAUGAUGGUUUUACAAAUCGAUACUCUUUUAUGCAUGCGAUCAAACAAGCUUGAAAAAAGUAAGGAAGUUGCAAAGGAGAAGAAAAAGAUGAGCGUAUAUGCAAGCAGUCGAGAAAUCAGGAAAUGUCUUUCCUCUCACCAAUCCUUGUUUAUUUUAUUGUUUAAAGAUCAUUGUUUAUUGGCUGAGUUCCCUGCUGAUUUGCCUGCAUCGAUUGUGUCCCUUUUGCAAGAGUUUGAGGAUGUGUUUCCGAAAGAAACACCGAAGGGAUUACCACCUCUUCGUGGCAUUGAGCACCAGAUUGAUUUCAUUCCAGGUGCUACCAUUCCAAAUCGACCAGCUUAUCGUACUAACCCUGAAGAGACGAAAGAGCUUCAAAGGCAAGUUACAGAAUUGAUGGACAAGGGUUAUAUUCGAGAAAGUCUGAGUCCAUGUGCUGUUCCGGUAUUACUUGAUGACAUGUUGGACGAGCUUUGCGGAGCCAUCAUCGUCUCCAAAAUAGACUUGAAGAGUGGAUAUCAUCAGAUUCGCAUGCGAGAAGGCGAUUUAAUGGAAAAUGACCUUCAAAACAAAGCUAGCAAGACUUUGCAGGAUCACGUAGAACAUCUGAGAGCUGUAUUGCAGACUUUGAGAGAAGAAAGAUUGUAUGGUAACGAGAAAUGUGUGUUUUGUCUUGAUGGACUUACAUUUCUUGGUUACAUUGUGAGUGCACAGGAAAAGAGGCCCGUUGCAUAUUUUAGCAAGAAACUGAGUGGAGCAACAUUGAAUUAUCCGGUUUAUGAUAAAGAGAUGUAUGCACAGAUUCGGGCAUUGGAGACAUGGCAGCAUUACUUGUUGCCUAAGGAGUUUGUGAUCCACACUGACCACGAGGCUUUACGAUAUAUCACAGGGAAAGAUAAUGUCGUUGCUGAUGCAUUAUCACGCAGAUAUGUACUAUUGAGUUAUCUUAAUUCACAUUUGAUUGGAUUUGCAUAUAUUCGAGAGUUAUACUCUGAUGAUCAUGAUUUUUGCGAUAAGUAUAAUGCUUGUGAGAAAGGUGCGGAUGGAAAAUUCUCUGAGCAUGAUGGAUAUCUUGUCAAAGAAAGCAGGAUAUGCAUUCCACGAGGUUCAAUGUGUGAAAUAUCGAUCCGUGAAGCACAUGAAGGUGGAUUGAUGGGUCAUUUUGGGGUCACUAAAACAUUACACACCUUAAAAGAGCAUCUUUUCGGCCUAAGAUGCGCCGGACGUUGA